AUGACGAACCCCCGGCUGGACUGUGUAUUAGAAAAUAAUGAGGUUCUAGUUCCUUACCCCUUCCCAGAAAUUUUCAAGUGUCCGUUUUGUUAUAGGGAAGGGGCCGCAUUACAGAAGGGGGCGGGCGCGUACCAGAGGCACGAGGAUUUGGGGAAGCACCUCCGCCUACGACACCAAGGCGUGACCCGUCGGUUCGUAUGUAGCAGGUGUUCUUUCACUGAUGAUAGUGCAUACGCUAUCAAGAAGGUGAAAGCGCAUUAUGCGAACGCGCACCCGGGCAGUGCAUCUCCUUGUGCCUCUGGGGCGCGCCCGUCACCGAUCGCGGGUAGUAGUAAGAGUAAAGGAAAAGAAAAAGAAAAAGAGAAGGAAAGAGAAAAGGAAAACGAAAAGGAAUUAGAUGAAAGUAUUAGCAUUAAUAUUAGUAAUAAUGAAAAUAGAAAUCCAGCCGGGGGGGAUAUCACCGAGUCGCGAUCACUUAGAAUUAAUGAAAAUAGAAAUCCAGCCGGGGGGGAUAUCACCGAGUCGCGAUCAUCUAGAAUUGACGAGGCAAUUGCCGAAACGACGAGGGAGGCCCCCUCCCCGCUUACCGCAGGACAAACAACGAUUCAAACGACCACCACGUCACGCCGUACCACCACGACGACAGCGACGAGCGCCCGGAGUACCGUGGCUGCCGGGAAGAAACCGGUAAAGAAGAGCGCUACGACAAGGUCGGCAACGGUGAAGUCGGUAACGGGGAAAACUAAUUUACUGACGAGCUGGGCUGUCGGUAAUACGGGGAAGACGACGACGACGGCAGCGACAUCGAGGCGCAGCGGAACGCCGUCCAGUCCGAUAGAUGGACGACCCUCGGCAGCGGCGAGCCCCGUAACACCGUCGACCACAACACCAAAGGAAGCAGCUGGCAGGACCAGGGGCACGUCGACGGUGGCCGGCGCCGCAAGCGGCGGGUCAGUGUCAAUGGGUGGUUCAAAGGGGAGUGGAAGAUCAUCCCUCACUCCCCCCACAGUAGCCAAAAAGAAGAGCCCGGUGAAAACACGGCGGAGCACCCGGGCCUCCACCGAACCACCUCAACCUGACCCGCCCCAACGAACCAUGGCAGCGAGGAGGGUAACGCCGGCUGUCACGUACGCAGAGGUCACGAAAGGGCAAGUGGCCGCCACCACCACUACGGCGACACGGAGAAUGACACGGGCGACGUCUCUCCCGCCCGUGUCGGAAGAAAAGGAGAAAGGGGGUGCAUCCACACCACCAGCGCCCCCCACCCUGUCGAUGACGACCACAUGCACCUUUGCGACAGCCGGGACCCUCACACUGACGACGACAUCGGUGUGUAGCAGGCCGGUGGCCGCAAUUGCCGUCACCACGAAGCGCGGAGGGGGAGGAAAGACAUCUCCGAGGGGACCGAAGGAGAAAGUGGACGUUUCGUUUCUGGAGUCUGCACCGGUCACAAGAUCGAGGGCUGCCAGAGCCGCCACGGAGCCCCCUCGGACCCCCCCCAGGACCAGGCGCGGGGUGAAAGGCGGCUCACCCCCAGAAGAAGUGACGGCAAGGGAAGAGGCCACCCCACGAACGGAACAAGAGCGCCCCGUAACAAGGAGGAGUGCCCGGGCAAGAACAUUACCGCCCGGGCUGGAGCAAGAAGUCAGGAGCCCCCCACUGACCAACCGAGGGGAGGAAGAAGGGGACGCCAACACCAUCCAAGCGUCCCCUGUAAUGGGGCGCUCAAGGAGAAUGGGAAUUCUGCCUGCAAUUGCCGAGUCGUCGCCAGUGGUAAUCGCGGCGCCGGCGCAGGAGAAGGAGGAAGAGGAGGAGAAGAAGAAGGAAGAGGAGGAAGUACGGGGCUUCACGCCGCUGACCACGAGGCGAAUGGCUGGACGGCAGGAAGCCACCGUGGAGGGACAGACGACCCCGUUACCGAGGACGCCGGAAAGGCAGCCACGGAUUGAAGCGAGAGGACCACCAGGAGAAGAGGAUUUGAUCCGGGCACCACGCGUGAGUGGGGUCAGGACAAAGGGACGGGGCCUCCCGAAAAUAAUCAGGGACGUAACCGAUAGGGGAACAAGCCCUAUCGGUUUUAAUAAUAAUUGUUCAUGUACAUGUGAUUGUCUUAGGUUAAGAGAAGCCGCCAACAGUGCGACUAAUUCCCCCGGGUCACACCGGGGCUCUGUUUUUAGAAACGACAAUGAGAAUGGGCAGAACAGGACGGGCCGAGGGGGUGCCAAUAACAACGGAAGAAGANNNNCCACGCAAACAGAGAAGGAGCGCCCCGAGACAAGGAGGAGCGCCCGGGCGAUGACAUUACCGCCUGGGCUGGAGAACAAGAAGAGGAGUAGCCCCCCGCCGACCAACAGGAGGGGAGAGGAAGGGGACGCCAACUCCAGCCAGGCGUCCCCUGGAAUGGGGCGCUCAAGAAAGAGAGAGAUAUUGCCUGUAAUUGCCGAGUCGUCGCCAGUAGUCAUCGCGGCGCCGGAACAGGAGAAGGAGGUUAAGGAGGAGAUGGAGAAGAGGAAAGAGGAGGAAUCGCGGGACUUCACGCCGCUGUCCACGAGGCGAAUGGCUGGGCGGCAGGAAGCCACCGUGGAGGGACUGACGACCCCGUUACCAAGGACACCGGAGAGGCAGCCACGGAUUGAAGAACGAGGACCAGGGGGAGAAGAGGAGUUGAUCCGGGCACCACGCAUUAAGUAA